UUUCUCCACUACUUUUAGCUACUAUAACUGCUCUUCUUUCCCAUGUCUAGUCCCGCUGACUGGUCUCACUUUUACCAACAAAAUCUUUCCGAUCAGGAGCCGGUGUUCGGCGAACCCUACGGCACCACCGUUGCCACCACUACGGUCACAUCAAGUGCAGUAGUCUCUGUCCCAGCUAGUUCAACCGGAGGCGGCCAUUUGAGUCCCGAAGGCCACGUUGGGAAGCCAGCUCGAAAACGGUCAAGGGCUUCAAGGCGAACCCCUACCACUAUGUUCAACACCGACACCGCAAACUUCCGAGCCAUGGUUCAACACUUCACCGGCGGUCCUAGUUUUGCACAAGGCUCGGCUCUCCCUGGUGGACCGGCUUUCGGGUUCAGUUUCGGAGGACGUCAAUCCCAUCUUAAUCCCGGUUCCCUCACCGCUCCUCCUGCCGGGCUUCAAUUGCAAUAUCAACAACAGCAGCAGCAUCAAUUAAUGCAACAUCAAAACCAGGUAUUCAUGUUUCCAUUGAACGGCAACGAUAGUAAUCUCCGGGCAGGGGACCAUUUGCUUCAAAGAUAUCCUGUAUCGAUCAUGGAAGUUGGGUCCGAAGGGUUUGUUGCAGAGGGUGUUUCCUCGCAGGUUCCUCCUUCUUGAACCAGUUCCUCCAAUGAGAACAUGACUCACACUUCAUUCAGUUUUUGAUGCUUUUUUUUUUCUCGGUCAGACAUGUUUUGGGACUUCGAAAGAGACAGAGACGUAAAGGAAAA